UUCAAUAUACGUGGUCUUGAAUAAAUUGGACGAAGAAAAAGUGACAAAAAAUCCAAAAUAUUGGCAAAUUUGAGUGGAAAAAGGCGUCGUAACUCAAAAUUUGUGUGCGGAAACAUCGAGCAACAUUAAUUACUUCUUUCAAACCAUAUCGCAUUUAGCUAAAUACAUGCUAAAGAUGCGAAGUUUGGGUAUUUCUCUGGUCUCAAUAUGUCUUACGUUAGCUGUAAUCUCCAAUGCAUAUUACCAGAAGAAGCAAUUUUACCCGUCGGUGGUUUACAUCACAAAAUCCAAUCCAUCGAUGGUGGUAAUUUACGUGCAGAGUCUCGUACUUGUGCUAAUGCUGGGCAAACUGAUACGAAAAAUUUUUUUGGGACAAUUGCGAGCGGCGGAGGUUGAACGGCUCAUGGAACGCUUUUGGUAUGCCUUGACAGAGACUUGUCUUGCCUUUACUGUGUUCCGAGAUGAUUUUAAUCCGAAAUUUGUGGCACUUUUCACGGUUUUACUGUUUCUCAAAUCAUUCCAUUGGCUGGCGGAGGAACGAGUUGACUACAUGGAACGAAGUCCUGUAAUUGGAUGGCUCUUCCAUAUUCGCGUCUCGAGCCUUUUGUCAAUCCUCGGUUUGUUGGAUUAUUAUUUAAUUGCGUACGCCUAUCAGUCAACAGUGACAAAAGGAGCAACAGUUCAACUCGUUUUCGGGUUCGAAUAUGCUGUUUUAAUAACGAUGGUUAUAAAUGCGGCGAUUAAAUAUGUCUUGCAUGCAGCUGAAUUGCGUUCAGAUACCCCGUGGGAGAAUAAAGCUGUCUUUUUGCUGUACACCGAGCUCAUAAUUGGGUUCAUACGUGUUGUUCUGUACAUCAUUUUCGUCGCUUUGAUGGUGAAAAUCUACACUUUGCCGCUGUUUGCGUUCAGACCGAUGUAUUAUACGAUGAGAAACUUUAAGAAGGCAUUGAAUGACGUGAUUUUGUCGCGACGAGCCAUUCGCAACAUGAAUACUUUGUAUCCGGAUGCCACGCCAGAGGAACUUUCGGCUGCCGAGAGUCUCUGUAUCAUUUGUCGCGAAAAUAUGGUCAACAACUCCAAAAAAUUGCCAUGCGGGCACAUUUUUCACACGCCAUGUCUUCGUUCAUGGUUCCAAAGACAACAAACGUGUCCAACGUGUCGUUUGAACAUUCUUCGGGCGCCCGUAACUGCCGACACGAAUCAACCAGGUGCCCCGGCGAACGUCAAUGCGGGCAAUAAUAACGAUCGCGAAGCUGUUGGCGGUGCAGCAAACAACAAUAACGUAAUUCCGCCGAAUCCCUUCUUGAAUUUCAUGGGAGCGGCGCCGCCUUUUAUGAAUUUAAUGGGAAAUCCGCCCCCAGCGAAUGCUCCAAACACAAAUAGUACUGCUGUCCCGCUCGUUCCGGGAUCUCCAUUGAUUCUACCUCCGUUUCCGUGCAUCACGCCAUACGCUGUUCCGCCCCCGCCGAUGCCCCCGAACUUGGAUACCCUCACAGACGACGAGUUACGCUUGCUGGAAGGCAACGAGCGACGAAAUGUCGAAGAACGCAUCAAACUUUUGCGAAACAUUCAACUCAUGAUGGAUGCUUCGGUUGCCUUAAUGAACCAAUAUUCCGCGAUAACGGCGCGUUUGCCUCCGUUGCCGCCCCCAACGACAAUUACACAACCAACAACGUCGUCGGCGACAUCAGAUCCGCAACCGGGACCUUCGUCGUCGUCGUCAACGCCCGUGAUUCAACCAACAGCUCCAACACUCGAUAUUCCCUCGACAUCGUCAAGUACGCCAACGAGAUCCCCCAAAGUUGUCACAGAAGCAAAAUUAGAGGAUGUCGGGAGCGAAGAUUAUCUCGAUUUGUCGCCGAAAGACACAAAAUCGCGAAAUCUCGGCACGCAACUGGAGCACGUCGAGGAUCCGAAUGAUCCCGUUUCCGAGCUGAGACGAAGAAGACUGCAGAAAUUCUUGCAACAAGAGGCCAAUGGUAAUAGCAGUAAGGAUUAACUUGUGUUCAAAGUCAUCGUCGAAGCAAUGUAGAUUCUUUUUUUUUUAAUUACGAGAAAAUUAUUACGCGACACACACACGACUAUGAUACUACCUAUAAAUUUAUUAAUUAUUAAAAAAAAGAGGAAAAAUCGUAAUCUUGUUCACAACACAAUUUACUAUUUCACUUUUUUGAAUUAGAUAUAUAUGAAAAUGUACUAUAUAGUAAAUGCUAAGAAAUGAAAUAUGUGUAAAUAAAGCAACAAAAAUCAA